AUGCAAAAUCAGCGUUAUAUGUUUGAAUGGCAUUAUUGUAACCCAACAGUUUAUUGGACAGCUUGGUGGAGUGUCACCCUCCAUUUGGCAUUUUUUGCCCUUCUUUUUCUCGCAGUGGUUAUUCUACUUGUGUAUGGGGCCCUUCUUGGAUAA